CUCUUCCUCUUCCCCAGCCGGCGUCUGCAAAAGGAGAACCCAGAUUAAACGCUCCUACAUGGCCAUUCUCUGCUUGACACUCCCCCUUGUCGCUCUCAAAGUGAAAACUCCCAUUGAUCCAUUCAAGUGCGCUUCGAUAUUCCCAACCGCAACGAGAAUUCUGCCCUCGAAUCGCCUCCCAGCCAUGAAUUUCUGCAGUAAAUCUGCACGCGCUUCAAGCUCAACGGCUUGGCCAACCUACCAGGUUCCAGAACAAGACGCUAGCGACAUGGACCGUGUUGCCGACCAGACCUUUCAUAGGUACUCGCGGAACACCGAGAGGAGAGGCAAGGGGACAGCCAUUGUUUGGUUCAGGAAUGAUCUUAGAGUAUUGGAUAAUGAGGCUCUCUACGACGCUUGGCUUGCGUCCGAGUCUGUAUUGCCUGUCUACUGUGUUGAUCCUCGACUAUUUGGGACCACCUAUUAUUUUGGAUUUCCUAAAACUGGGGCAUUACGGGCGCAAUUUCUCAUUGAAUGCCUAGCUGACUUGAGAAACAAUUUGAUGAAACGGGGACUGAAUUUGCUCAUUCAACACGGAAAGCCUGAAGAAAUUCUUCCAUCUCUUGCAAAAGCUUUUGGAGCUCACACAGUAUAUGCCCAGAAAGAAACUUGCAGUGAGGAGCUGAAUGUGGAAAGAUUGGUCAACAAGGGUCUGCAACAAAUUGUGAUACCACCACUUUCUGGGGAAUCCACAGGUGCUAUAACUUCAAACAAGCCCAAGCUAAAACUUAUUUGGGGCGCCACCUUGUACAAUAUCGAUGACCUCCCUUUUGAUGCUGCUAGUUUACCAGAUGUGUAUACUCAAUUUCGCAAGACUGUUGAAGCCCAAUGCACGGUGCGUGCUUGCAUAAAACUUCCAAAAUCUCUUGGGCCACCUCCUCAAGUUGAGGAAUGGGGAUGUCUACCUUCAUUGGAGCAGCUGGGAUUUUGCUCACCAAAUGUAAGCAAGGGAAUGAAGUUUGCUGGGGGUGAAACUGCAGCAUUGAGCAGAGUCUAUGAAUACUUCUGGAAGAAGGAUUUACUGAAGGUAUAUAAAGAGACCAGAAAUGGGAUGUUAGGGCCUGAUUACUCAACUAAGUUUUCACCAUGGCUUGCCUCCGGGAGCUUGUCUCCUCGUUUCAUACACGAAGAGGUGAAGAGAUAUGAAGAAGCAAGGCAAGCAAAUAGUUCUACUUACUGGGUUUUGUUUGAGUUGAUAUGGAGAGAUUACUUCAGGUUCCUUUCAGUUAAAUGUGGAAAUUUUAUAUUCCAUGUAGGAGGCCCAAGGAAAGUGUUGUACAAAUGGAGCCAAGACAAGAAUUUGUUCGAGUCUUGGAGAGAUGGCCGUACAGGGUAUCCUCUCAUAGAUGCUAACAUGAAAGAAUUAUCAACCACUGGAUUCAUGUCAAACCGAGGACGACAGAUUGUAUGUUCAUUUCUUGUUCGCGAUAUGGGCAUAGAUUGGCGCAUGGGAGCUGAAUGGUUUGAGACCUGCCUUUUGGAUUAUGACCCAUGUUCCAAUUAUGGAAACUGGACUUAUGGAUCAGGAGUUGGGAAUGAUCCCAGAGAGGACCGUUAUUUCAGCAUACCUAAACAA